CUCCAGCCUCCCGCUCUGACUUUCCCAUUCCAGCCCUCCAAGUCGUACCUGCGUUCUGCGUCGCGUCCUGCGUCCUGCGUCCUGCGUCCCCAAUACCGGGUUUCUUGGGCUGAGAACUUAAUAAUGGAGGCAAUUCCCUUCUCAGGAAAAGGAACCUUUUGAAGGGUUCCUGCAACUGGUCGCGCGAUGUAUCCUCGAACUAUACUCACGUCAGUGGCAAUUCUGAUCAGUUCUACUCUUGCUCAGACCAACCUCACACAACUAGUUGCUGAUAUUCCGGCAUGUACUCUGCAAUGUUCAACAAGUUUGCUGCUCCCAGCAGGUUGUGCAUUCACCAAUCUUACGGAAUGUCUCUGCACCAGUGUUGAUUUGCAGAGAAGCCUCUCACUUUGCGUGCUGGACUCAUGCAACAUCACGGAGCAGGCUCAGACGCUCAGUGCCGUUCAAAAGGAUGUUUGCAUGGGCGUCCCGUAUCCAUCCCGAAGCGGGGAAAUCAUACGGGACAUUACCAUCAUGGCUGCUGUGACCUUUCCAAUCGCCGCCCUGAGAUUUGUGUCUAGAAGUAUGGUUUCCAACAAAAUGGGGUGGGAUGAUUGGGCUGUUGGAGUUGCAACUCUUAUAAUGAUCCCAAUGACGAUAAUUCCAAUAAUAAAUGCCACUCGAGGCUUCGGGAAUCACUUCUGGGAUGUCCCCGUUGAAAAUCUGGAAGGCCUACGAAAGCUCUACUACAUCUCCCAAAUCCUCUACGUCUUCAUCUUACCAGUGGCAAAGAUGUCGAUCCUCUUCCUCUACCUCCGAAUCUUCCCCAGCAAAAGCUUUCGUCUCGCCACAUACAUGACCAUGGCAUGGCUUCUUGUACAAACGAUUGCUUUCGCAUUCGUCGUCUUGUUUCAAUGUACACCAGUGGGCUCGUAUUGGGAUAUUACGAUUCCGGGGAAAUGCAUCCAUUCUCAGGCUUUCGUGUAUGCAGGGGCGGGACUCACUAUCCUGGAGGAUUUAAUCAUAAUGUUCCUGCCCGUAAUGGAGCUGAAGGCUCUGAAGUUGGACUUGAAGAAGAAAUUUGCGUUGGCAUUCAUGUUCGCUCUUGGGUCUUUUGCGUGCAUCACAAGUUUGGUCCGUCUCAAAUAUAUCAUCUCAUACGGAACAUCGAUCGACUUGACUUAUGACAACGUCGACGUGAUAAUCUGGAGCGUUCUCGAGGCAUUUACAUCAAUAAUCUGCGCCAGUUUGAUGUGUUUCCGACCCCUCCUAGUCAAACUCUUCCCCGUCAUCUUCCAAUCUGACAAGACCAUGACGGCCUCGAGACAAACCCAACAGGAACAGCAAAGCUGGGGGCAGGUGUUGUCCGCGAGGCUGGGGAGCAAACUAAGGUCAGGGAAUCAUGGAAUCGAGCUUUCUAGCCUGGACGAAGGAGCAAGAGGCGGGACAUCGAAGGAGAUCAGGUCACCGACAGAAACGACUAUCGGGGGCUCGCCUGAGAGAGCACAGAAAGAGAAGUUUGGGGGGUGAUCGGCAAACAAUAGUGCUGCUCAUGGAAGUAAUUAGUCUUUGUAAUUAUGAUAUUUUCUAUCAUGUUGAAAUGAAAUAUGACCUUUAUACCCAUUCAAUUCUCCAAUAAAUCAAAGUUAGAAUGAAGCUGCCCGAACACGUGAGAAACGAGAGUUUGGAAGCACGACCUCGACUCAAAGUUGUUUCUCUCUCC